AUGGCUAUGAACUGGAACAAAGGGGGUCCGAGCGGGAAGCGUGGCUUUGGAUUUGGAGGCUUCGCUAUCUCUUCGGGGAAGAAGGAGGAGCCAAAACUGCCACAGUCUUCUCACAGCGCUUUCCGUGGUCCACCUACUGGCUUCGGACCUGGCAACAGUUCCCAGCUGCCCUCCUUUUACAAGAUUGGAUCCAAGAGGGCCAACUUUGAUGAAGAGAAUGCAUACUUUGACGAUGAAGAGGAAGAUUCCUCCAAUAUGGACCUGCCAUACAUUCCAGCAGAGAACUCCCCAACCAGACAGCAGAUGUUAUCAAAGAAGGAAGAAUCUGACAGUGAGGAGGACCCGCUCGAGGCCUUUAUGGCAGAAGUGGAGGAUCAGGCUGCCAGAGACUUGAGGAAGCUGGAGGAUCGAGACAAGGAAAAGAAAAACGCCAGGGGUAUCAGGGACGACAUUGAGGAAGAAGAUGACCAGGAAGCGUACUUCCGGUACAUGGCUGAGAACCCAACUGCUGGGCUUAUCCCUGAGGAAGAGGAGGACAACCUUGAGUAUGACAGUGAUGGGAACCCCAUCGCCAGCACUGCUAAACGUGUCAUUGAUCCUCUUCCCCCGAUAGAUCAUUCUGAGAUAGAGUAUCCACCUUUUGAGAAGAACUUCUAUGAAGAACAUGAGGAGAUCACGGCCCUGACUCCCCAACAAGUUGUAGAGCUGAGGCACAAGCUGAACUUGCGGGUUUCAGGAGCUGCUCCGCCACGUUCACUCAGCAGCUUUGCUCACUUUGGAUUUGAUGAACAGCUUAUGCAUCAGAUCAGGAAGUCUGAAUACACCCAGCCAACACCCAUCCAGUGCCAGGGUGUUCCAGUGGCACUUAGCGGACGUGACAUGAUUGGCAUUGCCAAAACUGGAAGUGGUAAGACGGCUGCGUUCAUCUGGCCGAUGCUGGUACACAUUAUGGACCAGAAGGAGCUCCAGACAGGAGAUGGCCCCAUUGCAGUCAUUGUGUGUCCCACACGUGAGCUGUGCCAGCAGAUUCACAGUGAAUGUAAGCGUUUUGGAAAGGCCUAUAACCUGCGCUCUGUGGCUGUGUAUGGCGGUGGCAGCAUGUGGGAACAGGCCAAGGCUCUGCAGGAAGGAGCAGAGAUUGUGGUCUGCACUCCGGGCCGUCUUAUCGACCAUGUGAAGAAAAAAGCCACCAACCUGCAACGUGUCACUUACCUUGUGUUUGAUGAAGCGGAUCGAAUGUUUGACAUGGGUUUUGAAUACCAGGUCCGAUCCAUUGCCAACCAUGUAAGACCAGACAGACAAACUCUCCUAUUCAGUGCUACGUUCCGGAAAAAGAUUGAAAAAUUAGCCAGAGAUAUUCUGAUUGAUCCCAUUCGCAUUGUUCAGGGAGAUAUCGGAGAGGCCAAUGAAGACAUCACUCAGGUGGUUGAGAUUCUGACAUCCGGCCCAGACAAGUGGAGCUGGAUGACCCGCAGACUGGUAGAGUUCACAUCUACAGGAAGCGUCCUUGUUUUUGUCACCAAGAAAGCCAACGCUGACGAGCUGGCCUCCAACCUACGCUUGGAGGACCAUUCUUUGGGCCUUCUUCAUGGAGAUAUGGACCAGAGUGAGAGGAACAAAGUCAUCACAGAGUUCAAAAAGAAGGUCAUCCCCAUUCUGGUAGCCACAGAUGUUGCUGCCCGAGGCUUGGACAUUCCAUCAAUCAAGACCGUGAUCAACUAUGACGUGGCGCGAGAUAUUGACACGCACACUCACCGUAUUGGUCGCACAGGCAGAGCGGGAGAGAAAGGUGUGGCAUAUACUCUGUUGACGCCAAAAGACAGCAAUUUUGCUGGGGACUUAGUGAGGAAUCUGGAAGGGGCAAACCAGUAUGUGUCAAAGGAGCUUCUGGAGCUGGCCAUGCAGAAUGCUUGGUUUCGCAAGUCCCGCUUUAAGGCUGGAAAAGGCAAGAAACUAAACGUUGGUGGAGGUGGCCUGGGCUAUAGAGAGCGCCCAGGACUUGGAGCAGACAGUUCUGAACGCAGCAUGACUGGGAGUGUGAUGAGCAACUAUGAAGCCUUCAAACCCACGGGUGGGGCAAUGGGAGACCGAUUGGCCGCCAUGAAAGCUGCUUUUCAGUCUCAGUACAAAAAUCACUUUGUUGCUGCUAGUUUAAGCACACAGAAAUCAGGGACAUCUACAGUCAACUCUGGUGCAUGGACAAGUGCUGGUAGUUUAAGUUCCGUACCCAGCACCCCAUCACACAGUUUAGUACUUGGAGAGGAGUCCGCUCCACCACCUCCUAGAUCCAUUCCGGGCUUUACCAGCAGUGGAACACUAAGCAGCAUUCCCGGUACUUAUGCCCCUGUGAGUGCUCCCAGUUACCCUGCCUCCAGCCCAUACAGUGCCAAAGACAGCAGCAGUGGCAGCAGAGAGGGAAGCGCGGGCCGAGACAGAGAUAGGUACAGCGAUGGAAAAGGGAGACACGGGGAUGGACAUCGCCAUAGCGACAGAGACAGCCACCGCUAUGGGGAUGGGCACCGGCAUUCCAGCAGUGGAAGACACGGGGAUGGCCGUAAUGGAGAUGGCAGAAGAGAUAGCGACAGUCGAAGGGAGAGCUCACGAGAUAGCGAAGGUCGGAGGGACAGCUCCCGUGACAGGGACGACAGCCGAAGAGACAGCCAUGGAGAAAGCCGAAGAGAAAGUACUCACGAAAGCAGGAGAGAGAGCUCCCGAGACAGCGACAGUCGCAGGGAAUCGAGGGAUGACGGUGAAAGUCGAAGAGAAUCAAAAAGCGAAACUUUUGCAGUUCCAGAUCCUCCAAAGCGGAAAAAGAGCAGAUGGGACAGUUAA